AUUUGUCUUGACAUUUGACUAAAGAGUUUUUAUUUUUGUUUCUCUUCUUUGUGAAAAAAGCAUAGCAAAUAGAUAAAAACAUCAACUUAAAUGCCACGUUUAUGUAGUGUAAAUUAAUGAAGUAAAUGAUAUUAAUUUAAUUCAAUUAUGUUCUUGAUCUGAAUUGAUGUACUCAAUAAGUGUUUAAGUAUGCACAGUACGCGAGUGUAACAGGCCGGUACCAAUAUGUUGAUAAAUAUUUGUAAGGAUUUCCUAUGGGUCGUACUAGCUUACUUUGUUAAAUAUGCAGCUAGCGAUGAUGGAUCAAAUAACUUAUUGAAAGAUUACAAAGGAAAAUAUAAUUUGGACUUAAAUGGUUGCAGUAUUUUAGAGAAACAAUGUUCACAUUUAACUGAAGACUUGGCAGUUUUAUCAUGUGCACUCAAUGCAACGCAUAAUAAUAGAACGCAGGUUAUUACAACAUGUCAGCACAGAAUAUGGACCCAACAAGCAGAACUUCUUGAUAAUGCAUUCUUAGAUUAUAAAUUAAAAGACCCAUGUUUGAGUGAACCCAUAGUAUCUGAAUGUUUCAAUCCAUCUGAAAAUACUGUGGACUGUAUUUUUAAGAGAAAACCAAGUGUGAAAAUAAACGCUUGUCUAAGAGUUAUUAUCAAAAUUGAAUCCCUGAUUUUUAAUGACUGGCAAAUUGUUGGAAAUUUCUUAAAAAGCUGUUUUGAUGAUAUUCAAACCUACACAUGUGGGAGAAUUCCUCCUGACCCUAGAAGUUUAUCACAGACAAAUACACUGAAAUGCCUCCAAAACAAAGAACAAAAUUUAAAACCAGAAUGCCAGUCAGAAAUUUCAACACUUAGAGAAAUGAAAUAUAGCACCCUGCAAAUGGAUAAAAUUAUAUUUGCUGCUUGUAAUAUGGACCAGAAGAAUUUUUGCCCUGAUGAACUUCCUGGAUCAUGGUUAAUGUACAAAUGUUUAGUAGCUCACAAAUAUGAAAAAGGUAUGACAAGGAGAUGCCAAGACCAAUUAUUUUAUGGACAGAGAAAUAUGGUUUUAAAUUAUAAAAUGAGUAAGGGCCUUGUAAAAUCAUGUAAAGAAGAUAUCCGAAAAUACCAUUGUAGAAAAGGUGUAGUUGAUGAUAAAGAUGUACGCUUGGCUCAAAUUUUAUUAUGCCUAGAAAAUGUAUCUCAUAAUGAAAGCAUAAAACUAUCCCCAGAAUGCAUAACGGAAAUGAUUGAUCAUAGGAAAUUACUGAUGGAUGACUAUAGAUUAUCACCUGAAUUAAUGCAAAACUGUGCCAAUGAUAUCACUAUAUUAUGUAGAGGGGUUGAAACAGGUGGUAAAACUAUUCAUUGCCUUAUGGAUCAUGCAAGACCUAGGAGAAGGAAAGAAAAAAGAAUAAGUAUAGCUUGUCAGAGAUCUCUAGAAAUAUUGGUACAGGAAGCAGACCCUGGUGAGGACUGGAGGGUUGAUCCAAUUUUAAGAAAGGCCUGUAAGCCAGUUGUGGAUAGAGCUUGUAGAGAAAUAAAUGGAGGCAAUGGCAGGGUCAUGUCAUGCCUUAUGGAGAAACUUGGAACAGUUCUUAUGUCGAGUGAGUGUGAAGCAGCAUUAUUACAAAUUCAAUACUUUAUUUCCAGGAACUUCAAACUUGACCCACAAUUAUAUAAAGCAUGUAAAUAUGAUGCAGUUACUCAGUGUAAAGCUAAACUACAUUGGGCAGAUGUAAAUGAACAGCAAUCUGAAAAAGAUCCAUUAAUAUUACCUUGUCUGUACAAUUAUGCUUACAACAUGAAAGGCAUUUUAAAACCACCCUGUGAACAACAGGUCAGGAGAGUUAUGAGACAAAGGGCUGUAAGUGUAGAUUUGUUACCGGAAAUUGAAGACUUUUGUAUAGAUGAUCUAGCAAAUAUCUGCUUUGAAAAUACAGGCAAGGGAGAAGAAAUUGCAUGCUUACAAAGCAAAAUAAAAGAAUUGUCCCCAAAAUGCAAAGAAGUAGUGGCAAACUUUACUGAAACUCAGAGUGGUCAUAUAGAACUUAAUGCUGUUGUUAACAACAAUUGUAGAGUACCAAUAGAAAGGUUAUGCUCUUCAGAGCUUAAAAGUAAGAAAGAUGAAGAUGAUAUCAUGGAAUGCCUUAUCAGUCACAAAAAUGAUCCUGAAAUAAAAGUAAAUGUAAAAUGUCGUGCAGCCAUAGAACAUGAACAGUUGAUUUCACUCAAAAAUUAUAGAUUUACUAGAAAAUUUAAAAAUGCAUGUAAGUCUUAUGUUGUAAGGUUCUGUCCUAAAGCUCAAACUAAAAGUCAAGUAGUGUCUUGUCUUAGUGAAAUUGUACGUAAUGAUACAAUUACCAGGAGAAAACACACAAUAUUUAAAGAUUGUAGGCAGCAAUUAAGAAGUCAAUUAUUCCAACAAAAGGAAAAUAUAGAUUUAGAUCCAGAACUCAAGGAAGCUUGUAAAGAAGACCUUCAAAUGUACUGCUCCAAUGUGCCCCAUGGAGAAUCAGCUGCAUUAGAGUGUUUACAAACUGCUGAAGGGAAAUUAACUGAUAAUUGUAGAAGGGCUAUAUUUAUUGUCAGGAAACAAGAAUUUAAUGAUAAUGCUAUUGAUUAUCACUUAAUUACAAGUUGUAAUGAUAUGAUAGAUCUCUAUUGUCACCAUACUGAAACAUCUAAAAUUUUGGACUGUUUGAAAGCACAUCAUCAAAACCAAGAUUUUGAUGAAAACUGCAAAGUGGUAAUAGUUCACAGAAUGAUCGAACAAAAUACUGAUUAUAGAUUUAAUAAUAACUUACAAAAUGCUUGUAAGGAAGACGUGAAAACACACUGUUCUAAAAUUAUUGCUAAUGAACCACAAGAUGUUGAACUCCAAGGAAAAGUAUUAUACUGUUUGAAAGAGCAAUUUAGAAUUUCGAAACUCACAGCCCCUUGUGAAAAUGAGUUGGCCAAUAUUUUAAAAGAACAAGCUCUAAACUACCGACUCGACCCAUUACUUGGUAAAUUGUGUAAAGCUGAGAUUCAGACUAUAUGUGUGCCAAACGAUUCCAUUACUAAUUCAAACGGUCAGGUUGAAGAGUGCUUGAAGAAUGCAUUAUUGAAUCAUAAAAUUGUAUCAGCCGAGUGUGCACGUGAAGUGGUUCAAAUAAUUGAAGAAACACAAGUAGAUAUUGAAGCUGAUCCCUUACUCGAAAGAGCGUGUGCUUUAGAUUUAUUAAAGUAUUGUAAAGAUCUUGAGCAUGGUGCUAGCAGACGAUUAAAAUGUUUGAAAAUCAUUCUCAAUGAUAGUAAUAGAAAAUUAGAAGCAGAAUGUCAAAAAGAACUCUCAAGCCGAUUAGAAAUGUACCGAUAUGUUGCUUCUGUUGAUGUGAUGGAGAAUUUUAAUGAUGUUUUCAAUGAGUUAUCAGCUUCCCCUUCAAAAAAGUAUUUUUUAGUUGUAUGCAUAUCUUUUGUAGGUUUAAUAUUUAUAUUUGGUUUAUACUGUGGUCGCAUAACUAAGAGAGCUAUGUAUGUUAAGAGGAAAUAGAACAAUAAAUAAAUGUAAUAUAAGUA